AUGCUACGGAUGCAUGUCACUCUAAAGACUGCAGCCGCCAUAUUGAUUGCAAUGCUUCUUCUUUCCAAUGCAUUAUUUUAUUCCUCUGUAAGAUCACCUUCAAAUCUUUACACAUCAAACUUUGACAUCUUGAGACUACGAUCGCUGGAAUGGCAGACAUUUGCGGUUCACACUGGUCACACGAAAGAGCAGCGUGGAAGACUUCCAAAUUCGGAGAAUCUUCGUUGGCUGGAACCGGAAUAUUUACCUUCUCCGGUGGGUGCUCCGGGUACCCGCCCAUUACCCCUAGGCGCACAAUUCAGUCGACAACAAAUGCGCCCUCUUUGGAAUCUAUUCAACACAUUUGUUAAUGUCAUGGAGGACCUCGGUUUCAGUGACAAGUGGAUGUUAUACGGUGGUACUCUGCUUGGAUCUUUUCGGCACCAUGAUAUUAUUCCCUGGGACGAUGAUAUUGAUGUCCUUGUCGACAAGGAGGUCAGACCGGCAUUGCGGAAGAAGAUGCGCAGCCUCCUGCCAAAUUAUGUCAUCCAGCAAUGUGGUCGGAGGGACAAACUUUCAGCAAAACUAAUUGUGCUGAACAAUUCUUCGCUGGAUGUUGAUGGUAGCCGUAUCCUCAAUCGCUGCGGUUGGGCAUGGCCCAUUGUGGAUAUUGGCUACUACAUCUCUAACGCCACCCACAUACAUGAAAUUGCUACGUCAAAUAACCGAUACUGCGACUACCCAAAGUCUGAUAUUUUCUCACUGCUAUUCAGACCGUUUAACAAGAUUUGGGCUCCAGCGCCAAAAAACCUUUUUGCUUUUACAAUGCAAACCUAUCCUGGGGAUGGUAAUUGUUCUUCUUUAAACUGGUCUCAUACCUUUGAGGCCCACGUUAAACGUCAAUUGGUGCCGUGCGCCGAUCUCGCUAAGAGGUAUGCUUUUGUCGAACGUAGCCCCCUUUACAGUUCUGUCAAGGAAGAUGGUGAUAGUCCGGAAGUAUUGGAUUGGGUUCGCGAAAGACUGAUUCGUGGUGACAAGGUCCUUCACGAAAUCAAUUUGGUGGCACCUAGAGCCGAAGCCUUUAUAGAUACCUACGCUCUUCGCGUGAAGUCCAAGCCUUGA